AUGCGUCGUUGGUCACCACCAGCACAAAUUAUUCCAAUUACUUCAUUAGAUAACAAUUCAACAUCGAAUACUCCACGAAUGCGUUUGCGCUGCUGUAAAGUUAUCAUAUCUGCAUUGAUUCUGCUAAUACUUAUUAACUUUUCAAUAGUCUAUACUUUACAAAAGGAGUCAUUAUUUAACGAAGAAUAUAAACGUAAACAACAAGAUGAGUUUAAUCAACGACAACAAUUACUAUUCGAUACAUAUAUUCAAGAUAUAUCAAGUACAUUUUUACAAAUAACUGGAAAUAAUCAUACUGAUGAAAAAUUUCUUCUUCAUAUACAAUCAAAAACAUUGAUGAUAUUAAGAGAUUUAGAAGUUAAACGAAAAAAAGACAUUCUCUUAUUUUUAUAUGAAAGAAAUCUUAUUCAAAAUAAUCAAUUAAAUCUAUAUGGAGCUGAUUUAAACAAUGUUGAAUUAACAUGUCCACAUAAUUUUCAUCGUUUUAAUAUAAAGGGCGUAUUAUGGUCAAAUGCUAAAUUUAUUAAUUGUCACUUGACAUCAGCUAAUUUCGAUUAUACAUAUCUCAUGAAUGCUCGAUUUAUUAAUUCAACGCUUCGCGCUGCCUCAUUCAUAGACGCAAAACUUGAUCAUAGCUAUUUUAUACAAACGAUAGUUAUCAACAAUAAUUUUCAUGGAGCUUCUCUUAUUCAAACAGAUUUUCUUCAAGCUGAUAUUGUUCAAGGAAAUCAUUUUUCAAAUUCUGAUUUAUAUCAAGCUAAAUUAACGAAUGAUCAGUUAGAAGGAAAACAAGUUUCAACUAUUAAAAAUCAUUAUUUUCAUGCACGAUUUCCAAAUGGGUCUUUUGGAUCAUUAACGCCGGGAGAAAAUUUAAUUGUCAAUGGAAAUGCUGAAAUGGAGUGUUUUCUUAAUGAACAAACAACAUGGAUAACAAUUGAUCCUAAUACCAUGUUGUCGGCUGAAAAAUUUGAAAAUAUAACUAAUGAAAAUGAAACAAUGAACGCAACUAAUUGGGGCAACUGUUCAUUUGUUAUUUUAGGUAAAACACGUGUUUAUCAAGAUAUCCUUCUAUCUUCAUAUUCGAUACUGAUUGAUACACAUAAUGCUGCAAUUUCUUUUAUGAGUUUUGCUAGUUGUGAUAAAUCUUAUUUUCAAAUUCAUAUGUAUCGUUCUGAUAAUAUUUUACACGAAUCAAUAAUUUAUCGAAAAAUUGAAAAAGUUAUAGAACCAUACAAUGAGAAAUCAAUGGGUCCAUACGGUGGACCUCGACAUCUUUUACGAGCACAUACGAGACGUAUUCAAAUCGAUUUCGGUGUUGAAACACCUGAAGAUUAUAUUAAAUGUCAUUUUGAUAAUAUUACUUUAACUAUUGAUCAAAUGAAAACAUCAUAA